CCGAGGUCCCGCUUGGCGUCCCCUCCCUGCCGCCCUUGGCCGCUCCCUUACCCGCCCAUACAUGUCCCUGCCCGUGGUGCUCCCGGGCUCCUGCUGCCCGGUGGCUGGGCUCUCGGGCGGGCAGCAGGCCGGGGGCCCGGGCGCCGCGGCCACAGCGGCCCAGGAGCCGCCGCUGCCCCCGCUGCGGCCGCGCUGGCCCCGGGCCGCGCUGCAGCCCCCUCUGCGGCCUCGCUGCUCGGCCACCGCCGCCGGGGUGCUGGGCGCGCCGCCCGCGCUCUCCUCCCGCCGGGCCGCCGCCGUGGCCGCUGCCGCCCCGAGCUCCGCGGGGCUGCCCGCUCGUCCGUUGCUGUCGCUCGGGCUGCUACAGCUGAUCCUGGGGUGCUGCAUGGUGGCACUCAGCUUCGGGGCGCUAUCGCUGAGCAGCUCCCCUCAGGUGAAGAACGCGUGCCCGUUCUGGGCUGGCUCCUCGGUGAUACUCUCUGGAAUCAUAGGAUUAACAACUUGGAAACGGCCUAUGAUACUCCUGGUAAACCUCUUCGUGCUGCUCUCUGUGGUGUGUGUCCUCUUAAAUUUAGCUGGAUUUAUCCUGGGCUGCCAAGGGGCCCAGUUUGUGUCCAGUGUGCCCCGGUGUGAUUUGGUGGACUUAGGUGAAGGCAAGAUUUGCUUCUGUUGUGAAGAAUUUCAACCAGCCAAAUGCACAGACAAAGAAAAUGCCUUGAAACUCUUCCCGGUUCAGCCUUGUAGUGCAGUUCACCUUCUUCUUAAGAAAGUCCUCUUCGCCCUGUGUGCCUUGAAUGCCCUGACCACCACUGUCUGCUUGGUGGCCGCCGCCCUUCGCUACCUCCAGAUAUUUGCAGCCCGGAGAUCCUGCAGCGAUGAAUCCCAGAUUUCUGCCGAAGAAGUGGAAGAACACAGGCGCAUCCCAGACCCCGAUGACUUCGUGCCACCAGUGCCUCCCCCUUCCUAUUUCGCCACAUAUUACUCAUGCACACCCCGGAUGAGCCGGAGGUAUCGUUCGAUGGGUGGUCCUGAUAUUAUCCCGCUGCCGCAUAUAUAUGGAGCCAGAAUCAAAGGCGUGGAAGUGUUCUGUCCUCUGGACCCCCCGCCUCCCUACGAAGCUGUGGUGAACCGGACGGACCAGGAGCAGGCACCUUCAUUCCAAAUGUCAGGAGAAUCAGAAGCUGCCACAAGCCCAAUGGAGCCAGUCAGCAUGACAAUGACUGAAGAUGGGAACAUUCCCAGCGCACCUGGAGGAGAAAGUGCAUCCACUUCAACUGCCAACUCAAACCAGCUGCAACCCCUGACAAGCUGGAGUAUUCUCCAGCCCCUGUUGGCAAGAUCGAAGAGUGACCCUGUGCUCCAUCAUUCCGUGGAGAGAGCCACUCCCGUGCUGAGCUGUGAAGCUGCGACUCAGACUGAGGGGAGACCGGAUCUGGCUGCAGUGACCUUGAGGAGGGGUCUGAGAUCCAGAACCUCCAGAUGCAGACCGCGGUCUCUAAUAGAUUACAAAUCUUACGUAGACACCAAGGUGCUGGUGGCGAAGAUCCUGGAGCAGUCCUCCGGCAACAUGAACCCGGACAUCCAUGAGCUUGUGGAAAGCAUUAAAUCUGUGCUGAAGCGCGACGAGGAGCACAUGGAGCAAGCCAUCGCAAGUGCCUCCGUCCUAGAACAGAUCAUGGCUCCAGUGCAGCGCGGCCCCAUGAGGGUCCCCUGCCUGCCGUUGCAGAGACUGCCUGGCCUGCUGCACCUGCAAAGCUGCGGAGACCUGAGCACCUUCGUCUCGGCAGCGAGGCUGAGAGCUGAGAGAAGACCCCGGCGUGCGGCUGAGAGGCCACACAGCCUCAUUGGUGUCAUUCGGGAGACUAUCCUGUGAGGCAGCCAGGCCAGGCUCCUGGAGAGUAGUUUCCAGGGUGGGGGGUGGGAUCCCCCUCUGGGAACUGCUCAGAAGGAGGGGGUACUUCAGCAGAUACUUCCUCCUGCUCUUCGUCUUCUCUUUCUGCUGUGACCCCGUCAAUGAGUGGCUUUUCCCAGGCUCAUUUAAUUUUUGGAUACAUCAGAUUGGAGGCGGGGAAGGCAGCAUCUCUUUCUCCUUGGGUCCCCUGUCCUGGUGUAGGGUCCCCAUAGCCUUCUUCCCUGAGCUCUCUGUCACUGUUGGGCUGCUCGGAUCGCUCCCUGCGGCCUUGCAUUGGCACGAAGCACAGUGAUUAACCCCCAUGCUCUCUAAUCAAGUCCCCUCUUACCUCACCCUGAAAUCACACUCUCUUUAGGAAAGACAGGAAACUUCGUUGGUGACAACUUGUAACGGAAGACAUCUAGAGAGAGUGUUCUUGUUGAUCCUACUUAUUCCUGCUUGCAAAACUAGAGAUGGCUAAGGUAGAAAUCA